UACAGGAGAAAUCGAUUAUAACGAUUGUUGUACUACACAAAGUUUUUGACAAGUCAAAACAUGCUCUACUUGUACUGCAGCAGAACUACAAAUCACAUAUAUUUAGGAAACCACAGAAACAAAGAAAAUCACAAUUUCUCUCUUUAAUUUUUGUCUUGAACAAAAGACCUCAGAAUCCUACCGUUGCCAAAUACCAAGUCAUGGAUCAUGACAACAUGCAUAACUUGCCACCACCAUCAUCAUCAAUGGCAAAUCAAACCAACCCCGACAUGAUGAUGACGAUGCACAUGACGUUCUUCUGGGGUAAGAAUACGGAAGUUCUCUUCUCGGGAUGGCCCGGGACAAGCUCCGGUAUGUACGCUCUUAGCCUCAUCGUUGUUUUCGUCAUUGCCGUAAUCACCGAGUGGCUCGCCCAUUCUCCUAUCCUCCGAGGUGUUGGCUCCACUAGCCGCGCCUCUGGGAUCGUUCAGACCGCCUUGUACACAUUCAGGAUUGGCCUCUCCUAUCUAGUGAUGCUCGCGGUGAUGUCCUUUAACGGCGGCAUUUUUAUUGUCGCUAUGGCCGGGUUUGCCGUCGGUUUCUUGCUCUUCGGAAGUACAACCUUCAAGAAACCCUCCGAUGACCAGAAAACCGAUAAAAUUCCCCCGCUGUCGUCAGGUUCUGUUUGAUGAAAAUAUCUUCUAUAAAGAACUUUCUAUUUAUGUGUGGUGUGCUUUGCUUUGAAUUUUAAUAUCUCGUUUUGGUUAAGUCGAUUAAUAGUGGAUGUUUAAUAUUUUCAGUUGAUUUUCUUUGGUAGUUGUACAAAUAAUUUCAACAAAGAAUUUGCUUUUUAGAA